UGGGUUUGCGCAGACGUGGGCGUUUGCGCGGACACCAGAAACGUCGAGCUCCGCCCAGAGGUCGGCUGGUGCGGUAGGCGGCGCCGUGCUUGCUCCUGCUUCGCUGCCAGUAGCCACAGCACAUGCGGCAUCAGUCGGCUGCUGCUGGAGCCCUAGCGGAGUUAUUGAUGGAUUUCGAAAUCGCACGGACAGGCUUCGGACAACAACGCUGUCGUCGUUCACAACGGCGUGUAGAGUCUCGAGGCCGUUUGAAAGACGUACAAACAUACCCCAAAAAGGUUUGUUGGGGUCCCUGCGCUCACCCAACGCACACGCCCACCUAGCACACCCACAACAUACAUACAGCGAAGGACGUAGAACGUGUGAGCGAAUAACCAUGGGAGAACCUAUCAUCGCUAGCAUCACUUGCGGGUCCAUUGCCGUGGUGAUGCUCCUAUGGAACUGGCGGAUGUACGAGCUGCAAAAGACAAGGGGCAAGGCGUGCGCAAAGGCGUGCGCCAGAGAGGCCCAGCUAAGGUUGAAAGCUCGGGCAGAGGAAGCAGCAGCAGUAGCAGCAGCAGCAGCAGCAGCAGCAGCGGAGGCGGCGGGCGCCAGCCUUGCUGCUGCACCACCAGCAGCGACGUGCGUGUCGACGCAGGCGCCCUCGAAGUCUCCUGCUAUCUGCCCGUCCCGCGUGAUCAAGCUCGAGUCGCUGCCCGAGUGCAACGAGAGUACUUCGCAAUCUCAGGACAAGCAAUCGCCUCUCCUGCUGGUGACUAAACCCCGAGAGCGAUUGGAGACCGCGCCCCUGUCGCCCCCGCUCUCAUCCACCCGCUCGCGGUCGGGAACUGGCUGCUUCUUCACGGAUGAGUGAGUUGGCAUCCGUUUUUGCUUGCAAGGUUUGAGACCAACGUUAGGCACAAGUCAGCCCGGCAGCAAUGCCUGUCCAUCUCGGAUCUUGACAUGGCGCUCCUGUGAUGGGACGGACGCAUAGUCUACAUACGGAUGGAUGGAUGGAUACCGCCGUCGUUUCCCGCCACCAUCUCUGCUGCUGCUGCGGGGACAUGCACCAGGUGUAGCUAUUAUCAGCACACGGCCCGCAUCCCUCUUCCCGGAUAGUAAGAGCGACACCGCGAGACUGAUGGGGGGAGGGACCAAGCGUGUAAGGCAGACUUGAGCGUGCGUUUCGUGUGCCGAUAAAAGUCGCUCCCCCGGCCGGCUCGAGGCCUCACUGAACGGGGCGCGGACGGUGAACAAAGAAAAAAACAUUUGCUGCUUCAUCGGUACGCCCCGUGUUCUGCGUUCUUGGGUGUGCUGGUAGAUUGCCAAGUACCUGGCACGUCCGGUGUUCUGCGUGGUGGGUAGCAUGGUCGGUAGAUUGCCAAGUGCUGACAUACACCGUCGUGGAAACGGCUUGAAGAAGUUAUUAAAAUCUGCCCUUCGUGUGUCUGCGUUGCAUGCACCGGCGAAUUAGUGUGUGGAGUGCCUUGGGGGCCUGGGGACCCGUGAGAUUGGAGUAUCCGGGCACCGAUCUUUUUUUUGUGGUGUUUUUUGUGUCGGUUAUUGUAUCCCACCGUAGCUUACUCAGCUUUUAUUUACACUGCGGCGCAUGGAUGGGAGGCUCUCUCUCUCUCUCUCUCUCUCUCUCUCUCUCCGGCGAAGAUCUCAGACGAAUUACUUGCUGUCGCGGCUGCUGUUAGAAUCAGGAUACCUUUUUUGGAACAUGCCCCCCGGGCCGACGAGAAACCGCCGACAGCGGUAGUUACGUUUCAGCUUUUGGAGAUUCCGUCGCCAUUGUUUUUAGAAAAGGGGGAUAGGAAGUUCGUCAUGACCCCGAUUUGCUUCAUGGAGUUAGUUAGCUGCGUGUUUGCCCUGUAGGCGUUGCUAGUGUUCCGCUGCUGCGGUGGGGGUCGUCUGAUGCUAAGGUUUUGGAGGCAAGCCAGCUGGCGAGGUGGUUGUUGCUCCCUGCCGACUUGACCUAUUGAGUAGGGUAUCUCGUUCAUCGUGUUGCACUGCUGCAUUUUUCUUCCCAUGUAUUUGAUUGAUGUUUGGUUCCGCGGAGACGGUGGGAGGGCUGUUUUGGUGACAGGCGUUUGAGUCGGUGUUUUGUGUGAACGUUAAAACGCCAGGUGUUUGGCGUGCUUAUUCUCCUUGUUUGGUUUAUACAUUGGCUGCUUGCUUUCGCAGCAGCGGCGUUACGAGACAUCAGACUCGAGUGUAGAAGGUGGUGCUUCGUGCUACGGCGGUGUUUGGAGGAUAAUGAUGCUCCUUCCCCAUCUGUCCAUCUUUGGUUUUCAUGGGCUGCAUUGUUUGCGCAGCGUUGCUAGACAUGAGGAAGGUAUAGCAGUAGGUGGUGUAGUGUGCUGCGACGGUGUUGGAUGAUGCUCCCUCCCCGUUUCUUCCUCCAAAGCAGUUCGUUGAUCCCAUAGGUGUUGAUAUGCAUACAUUUUCUGAGGUCGGUUUCGUGAUGAGUUGAUUCGGUUUUGGCUCGACUACAUGAGUGGUGUGUACGUGGUUCUUGUGGACCGACGGUGCUUGAAGCGUUCAAGCUUGGAUCCGGUUCAAGGAAGAAUCUGUUUCAUGUCAGCACGACGGAUCAUAUGAACGGUCGAGACACGGUGCACGAAACGUUUGUUUUUCUCAGCUAUGACGGGUCGCACCAGUCGAGCUUCCGGUUCUCUCCUUGUUUCGUUUGUGUUCGGCGGUAGAGUUGGUUGUCAGGUGAAGGGAGAAGAGCAGUUAACUAUUUCUUGCCCAUGCAGGCCUGUCGUUCGGAAACUUUGCUUCCAAGAAAAUUGAACGCGGGCGGAGUUACUAGUGGUAGGUGUGGUAGCUUGUGGCGUAGUAGUGUGUGAAGCGUCUAGAACUUUCGCCACGAGGAGGUUAGUUUGGCAGCAAGGGCCUAAUUGUAUCGUUUGGAGAUGUAAAGUAGGGGUAUGUGGUUGCUGUGGCUUUCACACCUAUAGCGUUGUCGCCUGUGCGGCGUUGAGCGCGGUGUUAUGAGUGGUUGUGGAUGAGGCCCAAAGGAACCGGGGGGGGUGUGUGAGAGAGAACUGCUGAUGUUAAUUAGGUGUGUUACUUUUUUUGUCGAAUAAUAGGUGGUUCGGGAUGCAACGAGCAUCCUCAUCAUGUGCUGCAUGCGGAGGCAGGGGGGGGGGUCGUUGAUUGUAAUGCGUGAUACACAGGGUCUUGUUAUGAACACGGGGGGGGGGAAAUCGUGGCAACUUACGACCACAGAGAGGAUGAGACGGAGAGAAGGGACUGCACUGUCGGGAAUGAAUGUGAACGACAGAACGACGUUGAGGUAAGGGUUCAAAUCCCGCGCCACGGCUUUGUCGAUCUAUGAGGCUGAACGCUCCUUUUAUCUUGAUAACUGAGUUGACUGGCUGAUGAUUUUCCUGUUGCAUGGUGUACAGCAAGUAGCGUUUACUUGUUUUCUUUCAGCAAAGAACGCUUGCUUGGUAUUGUCGGGGGGUUAAUUGACUAUUGGGAGUUUCGUGCGUGAUGAGGAAGGGAAGGUCCACGUUCGUUCCUGCACCUACGGCUGCAGCAGACAGAAACAUAUUUUCGUAAAUCAGCUUGGUAGCAACGUCCG